AUGUCGCCCCCAGGGCUACGGUCAUGGAUAAAUAUCUUGGCCAUAACAUUCACUGCCCUUUUCAGCGGUAUCCUAUUCUUGGCGAUACCAGUCUUUGCCUCUACUCAUCAUCUCGGUCAUCGUAACCUUCACCUAGAAUCCGUACAACACAGUGCAAUUACCGAAGAUCAACAUCACCAGCGCUUAUCAUCUCGAUUCCGUGAAGCGUUCAUCGAGCAUGAAGCUUCGAUAGAUAGACCUGCUGCCGGUCAGGGAGAUUAUACAUGCGGACCAAAUACGCCAUGUUCCAACGGAGCUUGCUGCGGCGAUAGUGGCUGGUGUGGUUAUGGACCAACGUAUUGUGGUAAAGGCUGCCAGUCAAACUGCAAUGCUACAGCUGAUUGCGGCGAGUUUUCUGCCAAAUCUGGUUCUCCUUGCCCUUUGAAUGUCUGCUGCUCUGAGUUUGGCUUCUGUGGAACAACUUCAGACUUUUGCGGCAAAGGCUGCCAAUCUAAUUGCGAGCAGCCCAAGCCUUCUGGAUCUUCCACAAAUGUACAACAGAGGAUUAUUGGUUAUUGGGAAGCCUGGAACUCUCAACAUCCGUGUGGUACAAUGACUCUUGGUGAAAUUCCCGUCAAUUAUCUAACCCACCUGAAUAUUGCUUUUGGAUAUAUUAGCCAUGACUUCCGUAUAACAAAUAUGGAUGGCGUAUCUUCGGAUCUGUACCGAAAUGUGGGUAAUCUCAAAGCGAGGAAUCCCAGUCUCAAAAUUGUCAUUUCGUUAGGAGGCUGGGCGUUUAGCGAUCCUGGCCCUUGGCGCGAUGUUUUCCCUACAAUGACUUCCUCGUCAGCAAACCGCGCGAUAUUCAUCCAGAAUCUGCUGGGAUUUCUCUCAGAGUAUGGUUACGAUGGAGUUGAUUUUGAUUGGGAGUAUCCCGGGGCCGAUGAUCGAGGUGGCAGUGAUGUAGACGCUGCCAACUACGUUGCGCUUUUAAAGGAGCUGCGGGCAGCCAUAGCCAGUAGUGGCCAUAACUAUAUUGUUACAUUUACGGCACCAACAUCGUAUUGGUACUUGCGGCAUUUUGACAUUAAAAACAUGGCAUCAUACGUUGAUUGGAUCAAUCUCAUGUCAUAUGACCUUCAUGGGGUCUGGGAUAGUACAAACCCAAUUGGUAGUCAUGUUCUCGCUCACACUAAUCUAACUGAGAUCGACUUGGCUUUGGAUCUGUUUUGGAGAGCCGAAAUAGAGCCGUCCAGCAUUGUGUUAGGUCUUGCCUUUUAUGGUCGGACCUUCAACUUGAAGUCGUCAUCUUGCUGGAAACCUGGUUGUCCCUUUGGCGGCCCAGGAGAUGCGGGCCCGUGUACUAAUACGGCAGGCAUUUUGUCAUAUCGAGAGAUCCAAUCGAUACUUGAUCAGACUGGCGCAGACUCAUAUCUAGACGAAGAGGCCGCUGUGAGAUACUUGGUAUAUGGUAACAACAGUUGGGUUUCCUUUGACGAUGAUAUUACAUUCCAGGCCAAAAUUGAUUAUGCCAGUAAGAUAGGUCUUUCAGGACUUAUGGUUUGGGCGGUUGAUCUUGAUGGCAGCAAACUUGACGCUCUGAGAGCCAUCUCAGGAUCUAGUGGAGCGACUGGAGCUGAUAGUGCUUUUUCACUUGUUGAUAUGAAAUACUUGUUCCCAUCAGAGGACCUUCCAACCUCUGACUCCCAAAUUUCAUACGGUCUGGUCACAUUUGGGAGUGGUGGUGAUUUGCAUGAUGUUAGUCCCGCGUCUGGACCAUUCGGUUUUUUUCUAGUUGCGGGAGACUCUCAUGUUGUCACAAAACUGAGGAAAAGGAAUGGUGAGCCAGAUCCUUUUACUUUCCUCGACUGUCCAGAUGUUCGAGAUCAACCAAAACACAAAGUUCAAAGUGCUAGAGUGGCCUGUCUGAGCGAUGACUUGGAAGAAUGUUUCCGAAUCCUUGAACGUGGCGUUGAAGGGACCAUUGUUGAAAUGCCGGACAAUUGCGCGCCUAAUUCAUUUGCAAGAGCCAUUUCUCUGAAGAUCUCACCUGACCAGUCAUUGCCUUUGAAUAUAGGAGACAGAACUCCCACUUCUCCCGUAUACGACUUCUCGUUUGAUUUCAAUCUUGGACUUAUGCGCAGAGACUCAAACAACACGAAAUUUCGAUUAGAUUACUCAAACGUCCCAGGCUACUGGAAUCAUCUUGUCAACGCACCAGGAAUACAGUCCAGAGACUUGAAGAAACUGGAGAGUCGGUUCUUCGCUCCAACAACAGAAGACUGGAACACAGCCUUUGAAACUACCGAAUUGAAUUGGUCUCCUACAGAUGCUACGCAGAUUCAAGAAGAUGUGAGCGCGCCGGUUUUCUGGCAGUCCGUAGGCGAGUGUUCUAUAGGCGACUCUACCGCUUCAGAGGGUUUCGGCGCAUUUGUUGAUGGCAACAUUGAUGUGAAAUUUUGGUUUGGUUUUUCCAUGAUUGCAACGCUCAAAGACUUAAAAUUUGAAGUAGAUCAAGCUCAUGGCUUUUUGAAAGCAAGCGGACAAACAGAUUUAACGUAUGGCAUCGGUGGCUUUGGUGAUAUUGACAUAUCAAAAGCAGGAAAAGGCAACCCGGCCUUAAGCGAUGACAACCCCGUUAACCUAAAGGGGCAUACGAUCUAUACAGACGAAGCAAUAAUUUCGCUUCAACCAUAUUACCAAAUAACAUAUCAAAUGGCAACUCUUAAUGGAUCGAAUGGCUCUGACUUUGGAGACAGUGCGGUUUCGUUCAAUGGACGAUUAACCACUCGCAUUGUCACUGAUCUUGGAGACUUUCAGGCAAACUUUCCGCCUCCUGAAAAUCCACCAGAAGGGGCAUACAAUGACAAACGUCAACAGAAUAAGUUGUCUAUUCCUAACGAUGAUAUUCUUUACGGCACUACUAAUAGCGGCGGCCAAAUUGCUAUCGGUACUCAGCUUAAAUUUGGGCUAAAGCUAGACCUCGUCGCGCGAAAUGACAUAUUCAGAUGGAACGACGGUCUACCAAAAAUUGAGCUAGUGUAUGAUACCAUGGAACUCUUCACUUUCUCACCAGGAAGUGAAGACCACCCUGAAUUUGCAUGUUCCGACUAUGAGGUGAUUACAAAUGCCUAUCAAGUAGUGGAAAAAGGAGAAUCUUUUGGUUGGAAUGCUUCCAGCAGCUUAGCAGCAAACCUCGCGUUUGAUAGACAAAAACCCUCUAGCGGCCAAGUUUGCUACCCAGCAGCGACCAAUUCGAAGAGACGCAGAGAUAUAAAGGCCACUGAUAGCGGCAACCUAACAAAUAGCUUAUCUUCUAAGAGCACGGAUAUACCAAUCGACCAUCAGAACCUGGGUGAUGAUUGCCUUGAAUGCAAGAAACAAUCUCUUGGGCCUCGGGGAUCAAUACAGAAGAACCCAUGGGGAAGGGGAGACGGAUCCCUCCCACAAUUUUAUUUUUCAGAUCUGGAGGGACUCAGUACAUUCGAACGCUCGAAACCUAAGUUCGACUGUCUUGAUUGCGAGAAUUGUUAUGAAGAAGAGAUAAACGAAUGUUGCGGAUGCGUUUCUCUGGACAUUACGUGGCCCAAUUUUCGGGAUAUGCCUCCUUGCGACAUUGACGUAUGCGAGCCUCUCUCUGGUACAUGGCUGGGCAACACUUUCAAUUCGAAAAGAGAAGAAGAUGUUCUUGAAAUCGAUUCUGAAUUCCUGAAUGAUACCCUUGUCGAUGAUGAACAUUCGCUAUUUCCAAGACAACCUCCAAAUCCAACGGCUAAUAUAUCACCCAAGAAUCUCAAGGUCUGCGGAACUCUAGUUAAGUUGAAUACGCCAUACAACUACCCAUCUUUUCCGGAAGACCAUACCAAGCAAUGGGAUGGGAUCCAACAAGGAAGAUGGGAUCCAAUAUCGAGGUACUGGGGCAACACAUCAUCGAUUUGCCAAAGCUGGGCAGUAGGAAAGGUUCAGCCUGCAGACGUGGUAUGGGCUCCCAAUAACCUUGGAGGGUACACCCCAAUAAGGGCGUUAUAUCAAACCGAACAUGUUUUUGAGGGGCAACUAAUCAGCGACUUCUUUUCCUUUUGGCUGGACAAGGGCAGGUUAAAUGUUCGCGAUGCGAACGUCUACUAUACACCACCCAAGAUGCCAUGUGCCGUGACUCAGCAAUGGGUAAACAAGCCAUUCUCAGAUUUUCAAGUAAUAAUUAGGGGGUCGCUUGAUGACGCGACAUUUGCUCAGCUUCUCUUGACAGAGCUAGGCAAUCAGGCGCACCUAGACCGUCUCACAAUUAUGCUUGGAAGGGUUAACCACAAAAAAGGAUUAAUAUUUCAAGGAAACAAAGCUAUAAAUGAAGGAGAUUACAUCCUUCAAACUCAGCAGGAACAGCUCUUAGCGGUGAAAGAAAUAGGCCUAAUAUUUAAUUAUCUCAAUACUAAUGAAGUAUGGGAUAAGUUUUGCGCAACAUAUGAGGCCAUAUACGACCAUAUGGGCACUUUCAAUACAUUUUACGCACAAAAGGGCCAAGCGGUCACGAUACCAGAUUUACAAGACGAAUGGAAAGAGUUUGUCCGGACUGCUCUAGACUCAGUAGUUACUCGGAGUCUCACCGCUUUUGACGUGAUGUACGAGAAAAGACGUCCAGGUACCAGCUACUUCAGCACUAUAUUUCCGAUCGCAUGGCUGUAUAACAAAUAUUGGAACAGGGGGUCGAUUAGAUUGCCGGGAACGUGUCCACACUUGGGUCCUACUAGAGUGUAAAUUUAUACGCAGAGGAUAAGUAUCAGACGCUUGGGGUAUAAUCUCUACAGGUAGCCUUCAUGAGCAGCAUCGAGGAUUUCUCCAAUACUUGAAUAUACUAAGUAUGAAUACCCUAGCUCCAGCGCUUUCCACAGGUGAAAAG